AUGCCGAGCCUAGGAGGUCUCCUGAAAAAAAGGCGGACGAAGGACUCGCACACCCUGUCCAAAGAGCUCGAAUCGGCCUCGUCUGCGGAGCAGCAGCAGCACCAACAACACCCUACAGACACCCAACCCUCGUCAACGGAGGCAGCAGCGCAGCCGCAGCCCGCGUCCGGCGAGCAGAACCAAGCUUCCGCGGACGCCAAUCGACCGAUAGAGGAGUCCGGAGUCUCGAUGCAGCAGUCCGCGGUCGCCCAGUCGCACUCGUCCGCGACCCCCCAGCAGCCGCAGCCGCAGCUGCAGCAGCAGAGCGGCAAUGUCGCCAGUAUAAACAACAUCAUUAAUGCGCAGCCGCAGCCGCAGCUGCAGCAACAACAGAAUGCAGGCAAUGCGGUGCAGGCGACUGCUGGCGGCCAGGCGCGGACGGAAACCACCAGAUCGACCAAGGGAAAGUACUCGCUGGAAGACUUCUCGCUCCAGCGCACGCUGGGGACGGGGAGCUUCGGCCGCGUGCACCUGGUGCAGUCGCGACAUAACCACCGCUUCUACGCCAUCAAGGUGCUUAAGAAGGCCCAGGUAGUGAAGAUGAAGCAGAUCGAGCACACCAAUGACGAGCGGCGCAUGCUGAAUCGGGUCCGGCACCCGUUUCUGAUCACCCUCUGGGGUACGUUUCAGGACGCGCGGAAUCUAUACAUGGUGAUGGAUUUUGUGGAAGGAGGAGAGCUCUUCAGUCUGCUUCGGAAGUCUCAGCGUUUCCCUAACCCGGUGGCCAAAUUCUACGCCGCCGAGGUCACGCUCGCUCUCGAAUAUUUGCACGGCCACCAGAUCAUCUACCGCGACCUUAAACCCGAGAAUCUCCUCCUUGACCGUCAUGGCCACUUGAAAAUUACAGAUUUCGGCUUUGCCAAAGAAGUGCCGGACAUUACCUGGACUUUGUGUGGGACUCCGGAUUAUCUGGCGCCAGAAGUGGUCUCGUCCAAAGGCUACAAUAAGUCGGUGGACUGGUGGUCUUUAGGCAUCCUCAUCUUUGAAAUGCUGUGCGGAUUCACUCCCUUUUGGGACAGCGGCUCUCCCGUCAAGAUCUAUGAGAACAUCCUGCGGGGAAGGUUAAAAUUCCCGCCAUACCUGCACCCGGACGCUGUGGAUCUCCUAUCGCAGCUUAUCACAGCAGAUCUCACGAAGCGUCUGGGCAACUUGCACGGUGGAUCCGAAGAUAUCAAGAAUCACCCAUGGUUCGCCGAGGUGACAUGGGAUCGCCUCGCGCGCAAGGACAUCGACGCUCCCUACGUGCCGCCGAUUCGUGGCGGGCAGGGUGAUGCCAGCCAGUACGAUAGAUAUCCAGAAGAGACCGAAGCCUAUGGCGUGCAGUGCGAAGAUGCUUACGGUCAUCUGUUCCCCGAGUUCUAA